ACUAGUCUUAGCUAAAAAUGGAUACCAAAGAAUACUACAAAUCAAUUCAUUUGCUUCUGAUUUGUAUAUCCAUACUGAUCCUGCAUCAAAGCUUUGCUCUUGGAUCAGUGUCAAGUGCGAAUCAUGCAAAAGUUUUGUGCAUAAAUAAGGAGAGGGAAGCUCUUCUUGAAUUCAAACGAGGUCUCAUAGACGAAUAUGAUUUGCUUUCUUCAUGGCGAAAUGAAGAAGAUAAUGAGGAAUGUUGUUCUUGGAGGGGUGUGAAAUGCAGUAACACAACUGGCCAUAUACUCGUCCUCAAUCUUCGUGGUAACACGUUCACGUAUUUGACAGGUAAUAUUAGUUCUUCGUUGGUUAAGUUGCAAUAUUUGAAGUACCUGGACCUUAGUUCCAAUAAUUUUGAAGGCCAAAUACCAAAAUUUAUCGGUUACUUCAAAAGACUUGAGUACCUAAAUCUCUCAUCUGAAACUAGUUCCAAUCGUUUUGCUGGUCCAAUUCCUCCUCAGCUCCGGAAUCUUACCUACUUAAGGGCUCUUGAUCUUGGUGGCAAUUUUUUGAUAGUCAAGAGUCUUGAGUGGCUUUCUCAUCUAGUCUAUUUGGAGUAUUUAGAUUUAAGUGAAUCCAAUGUGCAACAAAAAAACUGGUUACACGAGAUAACCAAGCUCCCUAAUCUGAGGGAAUUGCAGUUAUCUUCCUGUGAACUGCCCAUAAUCAUUCCUUCAUCACUAGUCUUAGCUAAUAUUUCCUCCGCCCGUCUUUCAAGCCUUGAUUUCUCCUUUAAUGUAUAUCAAACAACUAUAUAUAGUUGGUUAUUUAACUUCAGUAGUCUUACUAGCCUAGAUCUUACGGGCAACGACUUAGGUCAGAUUGCUACUGGCUUUGGGUACUUGGAAUCUUUGGAACAUCUUAAUCUAUAUGGAAAUCAUAUUCAGGGUGGCAUACCAAAGUCUUUUGGGAACUUAAGUCAUUUAUGCUCUCUGGACGUAGGAAACAAUAACUUAAGCCAACCAUUUUCUGAGUUGCUUAUUAUCUUAUCAGGGAGUAUGAAAUCACUGGAAUAUUUGUUUUUUGAGGACAAUGCACUCACUGGUUCUUUGAUUAAUCUUACCAGAUUUUCAUCCUUGAGGGAAUUGAAGCUACAAGACAAUUUUCUGAAUGGUAUUUUCCAUGAAAGCUUUAGACAAAUCUCCAGUCUUGAAUAUCUUGAUUUGUCUGGUAACCAAAUGACAGGGCCAUUACCAGACUUAGCAUUAUUUCCAUCUCUGAGAGAGUUGUAUCUGAGGUCUAAUCAUUUUCAUGGGAUGAUACCGCAUGGUUUAGGCCAACUUUCUAAGCUGAAAAUCUUGGAUGUCUCUUUCAAUAGACUGCAAGGUUUACCGGAAAGUUUGGGACAACUUUACAAUCUUGAAAUUUUUCUUGCACCUUCUAAUUUGUUGGAAGGCACAAUCUCUGAAUCCCAUCUUUUCAAUCUUUGCAACUUGAAAAAGUUAGACUUGUCUUCCAACUACUUGACUUGGAAUGUUAGCCUUGAUUGGAUUCCAUGUUUUCAACUACAAGUUAUCAGCCUUUCAUCUUGUAAUCUUGGGCCGCAUUUUCCAAAAUGGCUUCAAGCUCAAAAUAACUACACAUAUCUGGAUAUCUCUCUUGCUAGUAUCUCAGACACAAUGCCAAGUUGGUUCUCAGAUUUUCCUUCCAUGUUGACACACUUGAAUCUCUCUUAUAACCAAAUCAGUGGAACGAUAUAUGAUUUAUCAGCAAAUAAUGUUGAUUUUAGUUAUGGUCCCAUUGUCAUAGAUUUCAGUUAUAACAAUUUCUCAGGGCCCUUACCAAGAUUUCCUCGAUUCGUUAGUGAAUUGCGUGUUAACAACAAUCAGUUUUCUGGAUCACUUAACUCCAUAUGUAAAAUUCUUUCAGCCACAACCCUUGACUUGUCAGAAAAUCUCUUGUCCGGAGAGAUUCCUGAUUGUUGGAUUACCAUGCCCGAGCUUUUGGUCCUUAAUGUAGCCAAUAACAAUAUGUCUGGUAGCAUCCCAGAUUCUCUGUGCUCAUCCGCAUCCUUGAACUCUCUAUACGUGCGAAACAACAAUUUAACUGGACAGUUCCCUGCCUCUUUGAAAAAUUGCCUAGCUCUGAAAGUCUUGGAUUUGGGAAGAAAUACAUUGAGUGGAAAUAUCCCAGAAUGGAUAGGGACUAAGUUACCUUAUUUGGGCAUUCUGAGCCUUCGGUUCAACAAAUUCUCGGGUAGCGUUCCUCCAAGUAUAUGUCAGCUUCAAUCUCUUCAAAUACUGGACCUCUCUGGCAACCAUUUGUCUGGAAGAAUUCCACAAUGUUUCAGCAAUUUCACUGCACUACAACUUUUGUAUGAUGGUUCAAGUGUAAGCUAUGACUUCGAUCCAACUAUCGCUCGUGGACUUAUAGCCUACCAUGGGAAUGCAUUUGUUCAAUGGAAAAACAAAGAGUCAGAGUACAAGAAUACCUUGUGGCUACUAAAAACCAUCGAUCUUUCUAGCAACGAACUAGUUGGUGACAUCCCCAAAGAUUUCAGCAGAAUGAAUGCAUUGCUAUCAUUGAACCUAUCAAGAAACCAUUUGACUGGAAAAAUCAUUGAAGGAAUUGGAACAAUGAAGAUGUUGGAGGUACUUGACUUGUCAAGAAACCAGCUUUCAGGGAAAAUCCCUAUAGGCCUUGCUAAUUUGACAUUUCUUAGUGUGUUGAAUUUGUCAAAUAACAACUUCUCAGGGAGAAUACCAUCAAGCACGCAAUUGCAAGGUUUUGAUUCCUCAACUUACGGUGGGAAUAUUCAGCUAUGUGGCCGUCCUCUUCCACAGUGUCCUACAUUUGCUCCUCCUAAUCCUCAUGUUGGUUAUGACAGCAAUGUUAGAACUUCUAAAGAAAAUGACGAUGAGUUUCCAUCUAAAGAGUUCUAUAUAUCGAUGGCGUUGGGUUUUAUUGUUGCGUUUUGGGGAGUGUUAGGCUCUAUUUUCUUGAUCGAUUCAUGGAGGAAUGCCUAUUUCAAGGGGUUAUAUGGACUCAAUAAUUGGUUCCAUCUUUCAUCAGCACUCUGCUUUGCAAGGUUGAAGGCUAAACUAAGGGCCUGAUGACUGAAUUUGUAUUCUACUCAUUGUCAAGAGUUAAAUUAAACUGUAUUUUUCCUUGACAGUUGUUUUGCUUUUAAAAUUAUUGCUCUAUGUUAGA